AUGUUAGUCUGGAAAGGGAACAUCUUCCUCCAUCUCUGGUAUGUUAAGAACACUCAUUUCCAAAUAAUAAAAAAAUUUCCUCAUUUUCACCCCAAUUUGAAGGUGUUGGAAGUUGGAGACGUCAUCGUGGGCGGCGAGAACGGGAUUUCCCAAAUUUUGGCGAUGUGGCGAGAGGCUGUGAUAAAGACAUCACGAACGGGGAAGAACCCUACUUGCCUCUUCCACUGCUGUCCAUAUGGAUCUGAAAAUGAUAAAUUUCAUCUCUUUAGCUGGACCAAUGAAUGUAUGGUGGAAGAGAUUGAAUAUUUAAAGGAUAUGGUUACUGAUGUGAAAGGAGAGAUUUCUGAAAUGAAUUUGGAUUUCACUUGA